AUGCAUUGUGUGGAUCCAGCUCUCAUAUCUGGAAGCAAAGAUGUUGUAGAGAUAUUGUUAAAGGCCGGGGUCGAUGUUCACGAUGUCAAUGCUGUUUCGGGUGCUAAAGAAACAACACUUAUGGUCGCUGCAUAUUACAACUUUACGGAAAUAGCAGAUUUUUUAUUGAAAAAUAAAGCUAAUCCAGGCUUGAAAAAUGAAAAUAAUUACACGGAUCUAGACAUUGCAAUUAUGGUGAACAAUUACGAAGCAUUCUACUUACUAGUUGAAUCAUUCAAAGUAGAAGUUACUAAUCAAACAAGUUAUAAAUUUAGACCCUUACAUGUUGCAGCUUUUCAUGGUAGAGAUAAAAUGGGGUUAUUUACCCCCUUAAAUGAAUUUACUUUACAUACGGCCGCCAGUAGUAACAAUAGAUUAACAGUUAAAACUUCAUUGAAGCAUGGUGCAUAUUAUGAUUCCAAAUGCUUAGUUGAUAAAAAACCAAUAUAUAUGGCAGAAGAUGAAUUAACAUUGUUUUCACUUGAAGUAGUAGAUAGUUUGUUUACUUGUGUUAAAGAAGGUGAUUACAUUGGGUGUUUGGAUUGUUUGAGACGAAAUGCUGUUGUAAAUGCUAAAAGUUCUUCUUCUUUAACACCAUUGCAUUACACAUGCCAGAAUGGUUUUUCUGAUAUUGUUAAACUUUUACUAGACUUCAAUGCUGACAUAAACAUAGCAGCCGACUUUGGUACACCUCUUGUAUAUGCUGUUAUAUAUAAGCAUUACGACGUUGUUAAAAUUUUACUUAAGUAUGGUGCAGUUUAUAAUGUGACAACUAAAUUUGGCGGCAACUCUUUAGCACGUUUAUCAACGAAUUCGGAUAUUAUUCAUCUUUUAGAACUUAUUGACAAAAUAUUCGAUGCAAUUAAAAAAUGUGACCCAAGCAUAGUUGAUGAGAUAAAAAAAAUUAAAUAUCUUGAUAUUUUGCAGUGUAUACUGAGUACUCGCAAUAACAACAAUAAAGAAUUAUAUCUUGAAGCACAAAACAGUAAAUUUCCAAAGGAUAAAUUUGCCGAAAUUUAUGCACAUGAAGCUUAUUUAUCUGCCGAAAAAUACACAUGGAAUAAAAUAUUAUAA